AUGAUAUUUGCAUUUUUUUCUUUUAUCAUUUAUUUUAUAUGCCAAAAAAAAAGUACUGAAGAUCUUCGGCAACUGCGAAAUUCAGGAAGAGUUCAGGCCACCCAUAAUUCGACCAAAAGUUGGAAUAAAGUUCUUGAACUAUUUCGUGCUGAUGUUGGGUAUUCCAGAAAGAUUGAAGAGAUUGAUGACAAAAAUAUUCUAGAAGAUCAAUUGUCCAAGUUUAUUCUUGCAAUGAAAAAAAUAGACAGAACUCCUUACCAUGCAUCAUCAAUCCAAAAUUCUGAUGGUAUUGCCUUGCAAGAAGUUCCACUUCGUGGAGGAGAACAUCAAACUCUAAAAAUAAAUAACUUUCUCAAACGAUGUGAUGGAAGAAUAGAUAUUCAACUUUUUAAAUCCAAAACAAAUCGACGUAGUUUAGAUAAUCCAGAAGCACAAGCUAAAACACUAGCUAAUUUUUACUUAAAACCAUGUCAAGUAGACAAUAUUUUAUUCAACGCUCAAUGGUAUUUCAAUCAACCAUAUGCACAAAAAAAAAUUGAAAAUCUCUUCCAUUCUAUAUGUGAAGAUGCUGGUUUGGAUCUUUUUCAUCAACAUAUCAGUAAUCAUUCUGGACGUAAAACAUCAGUUCAAGUUCUUAAAGAAUUAGACAAAAAUGAUGAAUCUGAUCAACAAAAUACUACAUCCCAACAACAUACUACUUCCGAUGAAACAAUUUUACAUAAUAAUCACCAUAAUAGCAACCUUACUUUUGCAAAACAUCCUCAACUUCUACUUUCAACACAAUCUCAACUUUCUUUACCUGGGCUCCCUUUACUUCUUGGACAACAAUCCCUGAUUUCGCAAUAUUCUCAACCUCGACCUUUUCCUUCACAACAUUCUCAAGGUACACAACAACAAACAGAACCUCCAAUUUCGAAUUCUCACGAAUCAUACUUGGUAGAUCAUGACGCAACAAACCAUCAUCACCUUCAACCAAAUAAUCAAGCACUAAUUAAUUCAAGUAAUAAUGUAUUAGAUGGACAUCUUGACCAUAUGUUUCUAAAUUUAAAUAACAUUCAUGAAAACCUUUCUGGGAUUUUGAAUGAUUAUGGUAUUUUAGCUCGGCGUCUUAAUGAUGCAAUUCAAACUAUAAAUGCUAUUG